AAGAAAAAAGAAUCCUAAAUGGCACGGCCUCAGAAACAGUUGAGACGUUCAUGUCAUCGCGCAUUCGUGCAAAUCCUCGCCUCCCCGAGCAUCACCAUCGAUGGGAUCCUCGUUUUCCCAUUUUGUGGCUGACGAGAGCGUGCACCGUCGUCAGACAUUUUCGGACGGAUGCUUUCUUUAUCCUGAGAGAAGACCUGAGCCCUGUCUAUCUAUUUAUCGCCUCGCCCGCCGCACUACUGCCACCGCUGCGGCUGCGUGGUAGCUUCUGCCUCACCUGACUGACCUCCCUCCCCGGCGAGCAUCACCAGCCAGCCUCUCUCUGUCCCGCCGCCGCCCGCCGAUCCGAGAGCAUGGCGCACUCCCUCGCCACCGCCGCCGCCGCGUCCUUCUCGCCGGCCGCCGCACGGCGCCAGGUGACGAAUGUUUUUUCAAGCCGGAGUUCAGUUUCCUUCCAGAGCCACAGGAUGACUUCUGUGUCCAUUCGUUCAAGACCAAGUUCUCUUCGGCUUAAGAUUUGCUGUUCGGCUAAACAAGAGACAAUCGAUAAGGUUUGUAGUAUAGUGAAGGAGCAGCUAGCUCUCCCCGAUGGGACUGCUCUCAGCGGCGAAUCAAAAUUCGCUGAACUUGGUGCCGAUUCACUGGAUACGGUUGAGAUUGUUAUGGGCCUUGAGGAGGCAUUCAACAUCACUGUCGAUGAAACGAGCGCACAAGACAUUGCAACCGUGCAGGAUGCGGCGGACCUCAUUGAGAAGCUUGUGCUCGAGAAGGCUGCAUAAGCACCUUAAGUGGACGAUCCAAAACCAAGGGUAGUCUGGACCCUUCGACCCUGUGAUCAAUGACUUUGCAUUCGAUCGCUGUUUUUGUUCAAGUUACCCAUUUGUUGUUCCUUGAUCAUUCAAGAUGAGAUUUUGUAUUGAAUUAUUGAUGUUGUUGAGGUAAAUUAGAUGCUCCAAAGACUACAUGAAGCAAAUGAAAACGAUGUAUUUCACUUUCCAUUUGUAUGUUGUUCUAUUAGUAUAGAGAAACCAAUAAACUGGCGAAGAGUCACUGCAA